CAAUUAAGAAAUGAUACCAAGAAAAUAUGUUACGGCAUUGUGUAUGGCAUGGGUAUGUGUAGUUUAGCAGAUUCUCUUAAAUGCACUGAAGAACAGGCCAAUUUGCUCUCAAGAGAAUUUCAUGCUGCAUAUCCUUAUAUUAGAACUUAUGCAGAGAAAAUUGUAAGAUUUGCACGAAUCAAUGGUUAUAUUGAGACUAUAACUGGGCGUCGACGUUAUGUGGAAAACAUCAACAAUGCUGAUAUAAGAAUUAAAAGUAAGUUGCACUUUUUAAAAAUAUUAACUGCUCUACAGUAGACAACUUAUUACAGACCAAGCUGAGCGUCGUGCCAUUAAUGCAAGUAUUCAGGGCUCUGCGGCUGAUAUAGUGAAAAGAGCUAUUUUGCUUACGGAGAAAAAUAUACAAAAAUAUAGUUCAGAUUUGGGUAUUGAAGAGAAUUCAGUAAGAUUAGUUUUGCAUGUGCAUGACGAAUUAAUUUUCGAAGUACCAAAAGACAAAGCAAAACACAUCGCUAAAGUCCUAAGCACAACAAUGGAAAAAUG